GAGGCCUAGUCAGCCUGGGUGGAAGUGUGAGAGUUGCACGGUGUGAGGGUAACUAGAGCUGGCUGCACAAUGAGUACCAUGUUCGCAGACACAGUGCUCAUUGUCUUCAUCUCAGUGUGCACCGCGCUGCUGGCGGAAGGUAUCACAUGGGUCCUAGUUUACAGAACAGAAAAGUACAAGAGAUUAAAGGCAGAAGUGGAAAAGCAAAGUAAAAAAUUGGAAAAGAAAAAAGAAUCCAUAACUGAAUCUGCCGGACGCACGCAGAAGAAGAAAAUAGAGCGACAAGAAGAGAAGCUGAAGAACAAUAACCGAGACCUGUCUAUGGUCCGUAUGAAGUCCAUGUUUGCCAUUGGAUUUUGUUUUACAGCAUUGAUGGGCAUGUUCAACUCUAUAUUUGAUGGGCGCGUAGUGGCAAAGCUUCCCUUUGUUCCCCUGUCUUACAUUCAGGGGCUAUCCCACAGGAACCUGCUGGGGGAAGAUUACACAGACUGCUCCUUCAUCUUCCUGUAUAUCCUGUGCACCAUGUCCAUCCGCCAGAAUAUCCAGAAGAUGCUGGGUCUAGCUCCCUCCAGAGCAGCUACCAAACAAGCCGGGGGGUUCCUGGGACCCCCACCCCAAGCUGGGAAAUUCUCUUAAUUCACUUGAAAAGGACAA